UGCCCUUCCAAGGGUAGUGGCCUCGACAACGACUGAUACCUCUCGCCUACCGCCCCAAUCAUCUUUCACAACCAAGACGACACUACAGUACAUUGAUCUCUAUCUUACAACUACUCAGCUUCUUAUUUAUUAGCAUCCUGCGUGGUUUAGCCUUCCAGUUUUUCUUGCCACCGAUCAUUUUAUUCUCCGUAUGUCGCGCAGCACCUUAGACAGACCGGCUGAAUUAUCAAAAAUGGGCCUUGGCCGGACCAAAAGGCCUCAUCAGAAAGUCAAGACAGGAUGCAUGACAUGUCGAAAACGUCGGAUCAAAUGCGAUGAGGGAAAGCCAGCCUGUCGACAAUGUACCAGUUCGCUUCGAAAAUGCGAAGGUUACCAGCCUCCACAGACAUGGCUAUUUGUUUCUCGCAAAACAGCCACAAACAACAAAGCCAACCCCGAUCAAGAUGAGAAAUCAGCUGUGGUCACCCAGACCGAAGUUCCUCGGCUUUUGUCUCCGCUGAGUGCUUUGGGCGAUAGUGACGACCAACGGUCGUUUCAGUACUGGGUUGAGAAAGGAGCGCCCCUUUUCUCUUGUUAUUUUGGAUAUUAUUUCUGGACACACACCCUUCCCAAGCUCAGCAUUGCUGAGCCUGCCGUAACCAGCCUACUCCUUGCCACAGCCUCACUGUGUGAGACAUCCUGUAUUGCCAAAAUGCCAAUACACGCAAACGCGGUGUGGCGAAAACAUUAUACAGCGGCUCUCCAAGGCACUCUGAACAAUCCACGAUGCGAUGCUGUCCUCCUUGCGUGCCUCUUGUUCGCCUGUUGCGAAAUCGCUCGCGGCAAUAUCACUUCGGCCUUGCAUCAUGUCGAAAGUGGCAUUGCUAUCAUCAACGAAUGGUCAGCCUCCCACGCGAACAAGUCGUCGAAAACGACCAAGGAGUCUGAUUUUGUCAUCCGUGCCAUUGCUCCCAUGUUCAUAGGCUAUAUCCAUAAAGCACCGACCUACGGCAUGAUCCCUCUGAGUCUUCGCCCAACUGAAGUGACAUAUAGUCUUGUCGCCGAGGAGGAGCUUCCCGCCUUCGGACAGUUCGAUGCCCUCUAUAUGGCUCACCAUUCACUGACGGGAAUCGCUCAUCAAGUGGCCCGUCUCCUAGAUCAGGACUUUAAACCCCAUGUACCAGUCUCGGCGGCCCGGAUCCAAGAUCUUCUCAACUGCUGGCAGGCUUCUUUUGAAAUGUUUGAGAAGAAGAUGCUCAGAAAUCCUCGACAAUGCGAUCCGAUGUAUCUGCGGCUACUGCGAGUCAAUUAUACCAUGCUCACCAUCAUGUUCAAAGCUUCACAGGCCCUUGAUGAAGCCGUUUAUGCUGAUUUUGAACCCGAAUUCCGGUACAUUGUGGCCACAUGCGAUGGGCUAAGAUUGUCUUGCGAUUUGGAGCAGCAAAGAUCCACGGAUCAGGACAAUUUGGAAUAUCAUUCUGGUUACAUACCGCCCUUGUUCUUCACUGCGACCAAGUGUCGAGUUCCAGGAGUGCGCCUAGCAGCGUUGCGCCAGCUAAGAAAUCUGCGGGUGCUUGAAAACAAUUGGACCAGCUGCACGGCGUAUCAUCUUGCACGCAAAAUCAUUAGCAUCGAAACCGAUCGAGCUAUUGUUUCAGGCCGGACAUGGGCGACGGAAAAUGGACAUGUCAGCUACUAUGGGUCACCCACCCUGCUCCGUCCGAUUGAAGCAUUCGUAACCGAUGAGACUUCCAAACAAGCUGUCUUGACGUUCACGUUCCCAUCCGACGAGCUUUGCAGCGGCUUGUCGCAGUCGGGGGAUUCUUCUCCGUCGACGGUGUCAACGAUAUUACAAGAGAUGGUGGAUUUUGACGAUUGCACUCUGGCGGCAUACAAUCGGUGGCCUUUGGGCAGGAUUAUCCGGAUCGGUGGGUAUCAAGGUGGAGCAGUUAGGCCCCUACCGACCUACUGUGAAUGUGAGCUGAGUAUGAACUUGGGACUCUGUGAGCAACGACCAUUACAAUUGCGACCGAAGUGCUGA